AAACAUUACAAGGCAGCCCAAAGCCCCCAUUGUGCAAGGUCUAGGGGAGAACCAAACGGAAGGGUCUUUUAUAAGCAGAUUUAUUAUGCAUUUCUAUCGGUGAUUAUUUUACAAAUUUAAAUUCAUAAUCCCCUAAUCACAUCACAAUACCAAUUACUCCGAGCCUCCCAUUUAAUUGAACAUCACAAGAAUGGAGGGACAAAAUUUGUUCCUAUUUUUAUUGUUUACCUAAUCAAUUAUCAAUACAAGUAUAUUGAGACCCUACCGAAGGCAACAUAACAAAAUCAGCCUUAAAUUCCUCUUUUUCCAUAAAUAAAUCUUUUCAUUUCCCUUUUUCUCCAAAUCUCCCUCCACAAAUUUCUUUUUUUUUCCCCUUAAACCAGUUCUUAAACCACCAAAAAAUCAUAACAUAAAACCCACAAAACAAAAAAAAAAAAAAAAAAAAACAAUCUCCCACUCUCUCUCUCUCUCUUUAAUCAUGGCAUUUCUUCAAAAAAAAAUCCCACUAAUAUUGCACAUGUUGUUCUUGUUCUUCUUCAAAGUGGCUAUUUCAUCUAUGUCCAUCCAUGAUUUACUAAAAUCAAAAGGUUUACCAGCAGGGCUACUUCCAAAAGAAGUGAAAUCCUAUAAUUUAUCAAAUAAUGGACUUCUUGAAGUGUUUUUAGAUGGACCUUGUUUGGCUAAAUUUGAUACUAUGGCAUUAUAUGAUAGUGUUGUGAAGGCUAAUCUUACUUAUGGUUCACUUGCUGGUGUUGAAGGACUUUCACAACAAGAGUUAUUUGUUUGGUUACCUGUUAAAGGAAUUAUUGUUAAUGAUCCUUUAUCUGGUCUUAUACUUUUUGAUAUUGGCUUGGCUCAUAAACAACUUUCUCUUUCUCUUUUUGAAGAUCCUCCUCAUUGCAAACCUGAUGGUACUGUCACUGAACACUUACUAGAACAUCCUAUGUCAAAAAAUGCAGGCGUUGUGAAGAUGAAUGGUCGGAAGGAGAAGGGAUUUGAAGAUCAAUGAUGGAAAUUAAUCAAUUAUUAUUAAAUGUCCAUAAUAAUUAUGGAUUAUGAUGGGUGGGGUGGGGUGGGGGGUGGGGGGUGGCGUGUUAAGUACAAAUUACCAGGCUUGAUUAUAGGAUCUUUUUAGACUUUAAAUGAGAUUUAGGGGUGUGGAUGUAAAAAUUUUGGGUUUAUCAUAUAGUAUAUCUUUUUACUAUUUUUGCAAA